UAUUCGCAGGAUGAAUUAACCUGUUUAACCUUUUAAAUGGCGUUUGAAAUAUUACCACCAUCACCUAAUUGGUAUUUACCAAGUGCUAGUUCUUGUAGUGAAGACGGUAUCUUUGCUUUUGCCACAAAAUCAUCAAUUUUGCUUCUUAAUGUGACUGUUUCCCCUCCGACAUUUGCUGGAAAUUUGAGUGGGCACACAGAACGAGUGACGUCUGUCGCCUACUGCCGAGCCACCGGGGAUGGAGGCACACGACUAUGUGCUAGUGCUGGAGACGAUGGAGUCAUCAAGAUUUGGGACACAAAAAGCAAGUCUGUUCUAAUCGAGAAGAAAUGCCAAGAGAAUAAAAUCACAUCACUGGAUUGGUCAAGGGCUAAUCCUGACAUCGUUGUAGCUGGAGAUGAGAAAGGCUGUCUUAUCUACUGGGACAUCAAAUCUUCAAAGAAAGAUGAUGCAAAGCUGCUUAGACCUGAUAAAGGUUAUAUCUACAGCCUAGCCUGCAGCCCUCAUGACUCUAGAAUUGUUGCUCUAGGGUACAAAGAUGGGAAGAUUCUCAUUGUUGAUGCACUUUCCAAGAAGAAUCAGAUUCUUCACAAUCUAAGAGGUCAUAAUGAUGAGGUUCAGUCCUUGACUUGGGCUCUAUUCCUUGGUGAAGAUGCAUUCCUGAAGAACAAACCAGAUGAUGAAGAUGCUGACAAGCCAGCAGAACCUGGAUGCCUCCUUGUUUCAGGGAGUAGAGACAAGACCAUUCGUAUGUGGAGCACAGGUCAGGGUAAGCUUCUAAAGAUCAUGAACCUUCCUCCAAGGGGAGGGGGAGGUCAACGAACUAGAGAUAGAGGAGAUGAAGGGGGCAUGAAGUCAAGGGUGUGGAUUUCAUUGUACUGGCCUCAGGAUAGACCUACACAACUUGUUUCAAGCUCACAUGGUGGUGAUGUGAUCCUGUGGGACCUAAGCAAACCAAGCCAACCUAGAUGGGAGAUCCUUGGAGGACCAGGGGAUUCUACUCAUCAACGAUCCGUCUUCAACAUCAACGGAAGACAAGGUGACCUUGACAGAGUGAUCACUACAUCUAUGGAUAGACAGGUGAUUUGCUGGAACCUGUCUACCCUCCAGUCAGAAUGGAGUCUUCCAACCUUGGGUGGUUUUGUGUACAGUAUAGCGCCCUCACCGCUAGACCCUGCUAGACUAGCCCUGGGUGUAGGAGACAACAUGAUACGAGUCUGGAACACCGGAGCUCGGGGCAAGACGUAUGAUGUCAUCACACUUUGGCAGGGGAUUAAGUCGAAGGUCACAGUGGUCAGUUGGCAUCCAGUCAGAGAGAAUUCACUGGCCUAUGGAACAGACGAUGGGAGAGUUGGUAUCUUUAAUGUCUCAGUCCCCAACAAACCUCCUCAACAGUUCUGGACAUUUCACAAGAAGACGAUCUACUCCCUAUGCUGGGGCCCUCCAUGUCCUAAACCAGAUGGCAGUCAUUCCCAGGCCCACCAUGUAUACAGCUGUGGAGGUGAAGGGUUAAUCUAUCAACAUAACCCUGCUAAGCUAGAUCAGGAGAGUACCAACAUCAAUACCCUCAUCAAACAGACAAACAACUAUAAGCAUCUUUUACCUCAGAGAUCCGAUGUUGCUUGGAGAUUAGAUGGAAGAGCUGUUGCCAUUGGAAAUGAGGAUGGAUCAAUUGAAGUAUUUGCUUCUCCAGAUCUUCAUCACCUGUGUACUAUCCAUGUCCAGAGUAAGAUCAUUAACUGUCUAAGCUGGUAUCCUGACUAUGAAGAGGCUGACCAAUCAGAGCCUGAGAAAUUCAAAAUUGACCAAUCAGAAGUGAAGGAGUCUUUACCAAGCAAACCACUGGACGCAACGGAACAAAGUGCAUCUGAGGAAGCUCAGAAGGAAGAUCAAGACAAUUGUGGCCCAACAGUAGACUGUGCAGGUGAUGCACCUGUUAGUCUGUCCAAGGAAACUGGUGUUAAUUUAUCACAUGAGACUGAUGCCGCUUUAUCCGAGAUGACUGGUCUAUCCCAGGAGACUGGUGUGAAUGUGAAGAGAAACCAGUCAGAGAGGAUAUACUGGCUUGCAUCAGGGUCCAAUGAUUAUGAAGUUGAGAUCUACGACUUGGCAAGUGUUCUGGGUAACGAAGGAAAGCCAUUGUCUGUUCCAAUAACGUCCAGCUAUCGUUCACUGACCGGUCAUACAGGAAGGGUCACAAGUUUGUCCUGGAGCCCACAUGGUGAUGGUCAACUAGUCUCUACAUCUUAUGAUAACUCAGCUCAGGUUUGGGAUGUAUUGAGUGGAGAACCAGUGGCAAACUUCCGAGGUCACAUGGGUCGUGUAUUCUCGUGUGCUUGGUCUUGCUUUGAUCCUGACCUCAUCAUGACCGGAGGGGAAGACUUCUGUCUCAUGAAAUGGCAAGUGUCAAAGGUCAAUCACACCAAACCUCCUAAAAGCAGCAGAAAGCCUUUCAAAAGAGCCGGAAAGAAAGGAAAGAAGUCCUCACAACCAAAACCACAGCGUAACCAGGAAGAUCAUGCCAAUAAUGAUGAUGUUGCCUUGGCAACAGGACCAUUAGCUGAUGUCAGAGAUAAACAAAGCAAGGUUGACAUGACCACAGCAAACACCGAGAUGUGUGAUUCAGCUCCUCCAUCAACCAAUCAGACAGGAGCAGACUCUGUGACCGGAGGAGAGCAGAUGGAUGAUGCCAAAGAGCUACUGGAGAGGAAGAAAAGAGAGCUCUUAGCUCAGGUGGAGGAGAUUGAGGGAAAGAUUGAAAGAGAGAAGAAAUCUAAUGCUGCACAAUGCCAAGAUGCCAGAGUCACUACUGAUGAAUCAUCUGUUUGUGAAUCUAACCAACAGGAAGCAUCAGUUAGAGAGAAGAAUGUUGCUCUGGCAGUCAUUUUAGAUCGGUUAGCUCCCGAAGAAGAAGUAGAGAUAGAUCAAGAUAAGGGAACAUUCAAGGAUAUGACGGUCCCUGGAACAAAGAAAGGGAGACACAAGAGAUACAAGUCUUUAUUCCCAGUGAAUGCUUCUCAUGACAACAGAGGUAAAGCUUUCCUUCAACAAGAUUGCAUUGACCUGGUCACGCUCAAACAAGGAUUGCACAUAGAAGGGAGCUCAGCCCAACCUCCUCUCCAGCUUGGUUUGUUUGUUGACAGAAAGAUGACUUUGAAGAUGCUCAAUGACGAAGCAUGUCAGCAUGGAGAGAGUAGUAACUAUGAUCAGAGGAACCAGCUUCAUCUAUGGAAAGGUAACAUUCUUCAGCCACUUAGGGAGGCUAUCAAGAAAGGACAGCUCACUGAUUGGCUGGUUGCAAUGGCUCCCCUAGCUGGACAUGAUGUAUGGUUACAGACCUGUGAUGCUUACGCUAGGCAGCUAGAAUCUCAGGAUCAGAUUCAUCGGGCCGUCACUUUCUACCUUAUCAGUCAUCAGGUCUACAAGGCUAUCACUAUCCUCAAGAAGAAUUCAAUGUUUAGGGAUGCCAUUGCACUUGCCCAAGUGAGAUUGUUGCCCUCUGACCCAGUUCUUCAUGACCUCUACUUGACCUGGGCCAAUCAGCUGGAAGGCAACAAUAGCUAUGAGCCUGCUGCAAGAUGCUACUUGGCACUCAACCAGCCAAUGAAUGCUAUCAAGCUACUGACCAGGAAGGGGGAUGUGGCAGCUCUUGGAACUGCCCUUCAUGUCGCCAUCUUGUCUGGUUGUACAGAGGAGGGGCUAGUGGUAUCCAUAGCAACUAGAUUCUUAAACCUGAGUUUAUUGACUGGUCAGUGGAAGCAGGCUGUUGAUAUCUUCUUACUGGAUAAGAAAUAUCAGGUGUAUGCUUCACUUGUUGUCAUCUAUGAGCUUCUGGUUUGGUGUUUGACCCAUGAAGGAUACCUUACAACAGAUCAUAAUAUCGGCCAUACUCACAUACACACUGAGAGCGUUCCAAAGAUUCAGUGGACCGAGCCUAGUAAUGAUGGAUGUGUUUGGUCUAUCCCUACAUUGAAUGGAGCUCCUGUAGUAGAAACACUGCUGGUUAGAGCAGACAUGUCAUGUGAUCAAUCACCUGAUCUGCAGUGCUUGAGUGGUGGGAUGCCAUAUGACGUAGCCCAUGAUAUCAACAAGGUGUUGAGAUAUGCUGCAGAGCAGAUAUUGCUAGGUCAAAGGUCAGGUCAUUCUGAGGUCAUGAUGGGUCAUGUAGCUGAAGCAGUGCAGCUAUGUCAUACAUCAGGUCAUCCAGCAGUAGCCGUUGGUAUUCUUCAGAUUAUACUGCCCCAAGGUGAAGAGUCAGUGAUGAUGUCAUCAAUCAACCAACCUGAUCUCAAUCCAAAGCUGGUGUGUCUGAGAGCACAGUACAGACUCACUCAACUCUACCACUUUAGGACAAGACUACAUGCUUGUCAGUCACAUGGACAACCACAAAAGGUCAAAGGUCAAGGAUUACAGAAUGUCCCAGAUGGUGAUCCGGAUAGUUUGUCUGGAAAACAAAAAGAUAAUCAAAAGGAUGAUGCACACGUGGGAGAUGAUGUCGUGAAGGAACGGGUGAACGAUGAUGACGAUGAUAGCAUGCUGUUGAACCCCCGUACUGAAGGUUAUCUAUUUCAGAGUAAUGUCCUGAGGGAUACAUCAUGGCCAUUAUCCUUGUCUUCAUUGUGCCAUUCAGAAUCACAGGACAAGCAAGUAGACUGUCUUUCAAUGACACCAGACCCACCUCUAGCUGGUAACCAGGCCCUGACACAAGAGCAGCUGGUUGAUAGGAUACUGAACAGUAUUAGUGGAACACAUGUUGCUGCUCUUCCCUCACAGGCCAUGAAUGGAGAACAUGAGAGAUAUGUGAACGGCACUGAUUAUGAGAGAAGUUGUCCCGAGGCUCAUACAGGAGAAGCUACCACAUUGAGUGAUACGUCUCAGACCAUACUAGUCAAUACAAGCGAGGAAGCAGUUGUUGAUGCAGAAAGAUCAUGUAGAGAAGAAAUGCCUUCUGGCUCCAGGAAUGACAUUCCAGGUAGGACUGCCAUACAGGAGCUACAUCCAGCAGAACAGUCCAAGCAUGAAACAGAAGGAAAGAAACAAAACAGUGGACAGACAUUGGAGUGUCCACCCACUAGUGGUGCCCUGCAUAACCCAUUAGACAAAGAUCUUGCUCUGAUCAGCUCCAUGAAGAACGUCCUUUUAAAGGAACAUCCCACUGUCCUCAGCAUUGUAUGCACACAGCUACCCCAGACCCUUCCACCCAAAGAGCUUACCAGUGAGGACAUGGAUCAGAGUUUAGCCUCCAAAGAGAGAAUAAUGAGAGAAACAGCAACUAACGGAGCAGCUGAAGACAAUGACAAGACAGACAGAGAUUCAGCAUGCAUCGUAGAGGCUAAGAAAUAGGAAAGAGAUACAGGUCUAUAAUCAGAAUUGAUAUGAUCUUUAUACCUUUGAAGUGAGGACAAAGCCCUACAUCCACUGAAUUGAUUUGCAUUCAUCUUGAGAUCCAUCCACUGUCCCCAUUGAAACUCAAACAGCCAGCCAGAGGAGAGGUAAAAAACAAGUUUUUGUUGGAACACCUAACUGAUUGGUCAAAGCACUUUGCAUACCUUUACUCAUACAUGAAUGACUGAAAUAUUCACCAGAGGUUGUCUUAAUGUGCUAUUCUUUUGGACUCUAUUUAUCUCCUUAAGGUUUGAUUUGCCACUAAUUAGAAAAGAUCAAAGCUUGCCUUAGUUUGUUAAGUGGUCCAAAGACUACACAGAUUUCAUGAUUAGUGAUCUCAUUCAGUACAAGGAUCUUGAUAUGUAGAGUGCUAUGUUUGGAAAUUGGAAAAAGCUUGAAAAUUAUUUCUUUUGGACUGCAUGUGGUGACAUAAAUAUAGUGCCUCUAAAUUAGUUU